AUGACACUUGCAAGAAACAUAAAUUCUGUUUUAAGGCAUUUCUCUAACUGGCAUAGGUUUCAAGUGGCUAACAGCGGUAGCCGUCAAUUUAAACAAAUACUUAAUAAAUUCAAAAAUAAUAAAGUUACGAUAACCUAUCCAUCAACAUUACCUGCACUGUCGUUUGUGAAAUGUUAUUCAGACGAUAAAAAACACUUCAUUAAAAUUGAGAAACACACUGAAACAUUACGAACCGCAUUUGAGCAGAGAAAAGAACAGUUGAAGGAUACAGAGUCCCGAAUAAGACAGAAAAGUGAAGAAAUUGUACGUGAUAUCAAGUGUAAAAAAGAAAAAACUGAACAUAAGUUACGAAUAAAAAAAGAUCACCUGAUCAAAGAUCUAUUGGAAACUAAAGCAAAAGUUAAAGAGAGACUUGAAGAGGUUGUUGAGCGGGAAAAUGUGUUCACAAUACCAAACAUAUUGUGUGUGGCUAGAAUAGCUAUGUCACCAUAUCUAGGAUACGUUAUUUUUCAAGACAACUAUACAUUUGCUUUAGGUUUACUUGCAUUUGCUGGUGUUACAGAUUUGCUUGAUGGCUGGAUUGCCAGAAACUGGAAAGGACAAUCAUCAAAAAUGGGUUCAUUUUUAGAUCCAAUGGCAGACAAAGUGCUUAUAGCUACACUUUUCAUUUCUUUAACUUGGCAGGAUUUGAUACCACUAUGUUUGACCCUUCUGAUUGUGGGUCGUGAUAUAGCCCUUGUUGCUGCUGGUUUUGUAAUCAGAUACAUAAGUUUACCUCCACCACGGACUCUUAGUAGAUAUUUCGAUGUAACACACGCUACAGCGCAACUAGCUCCCACCACAAUUAGCAAAUUCAACACCGCUUUACAACUGUUAUUGGUGGGAACUGCUCUCGCUUCACCAGUUUUUGGCUAUGUGGACCAUCCAGCUCUCACAGCCUUAUGUGGCGUUACAGCUGUGUCAACAGUCGUAUCGGCAAUCAGCUAUUUAGUUAGUAAGGACACAUAUAAGUUUUUGAAAAAAAAGUCUUGAAAGAAUUGAAAUAAUAAAAUUUUUUUUUUUAACAAGAUUUUGCAGUGAUGUCUUCCAAUCUUGAAAUAAUAAUUUUAACAAGAAUAGUUUUGAAAUGCUGUAUAAAUG